AUGGAGUCACUGAUGCGGGAUCCUGAAAUGGAUGAAGAACAAGAAGUGCCAUUACCAGAUCUCAUGGAACUUGCAAACUACUUUGAACAAGCUGGUGUUGGCAUUGGUAGAGAAGAAACUUUUAGAAUAUUCUUGGCUUUGAAGAUUUUAAUUGAUACACAGCCAAUUAGAACUUGUAGAUUUUGGGGUAAGGACAAUGAUAAGAAUUUUCUUCAUUCAACAAAAAAUUAAUAAAUUAUUGUCAGGGAUGUCACUAAGAGCUGGCUGCUGGCUUAUUUCACCUGUGAUAAAUACCUUAUCACUGACUCAAAUAAUUGCUCUGGAAAAUAAUAGACAUGAAGUUAGAGGGUAAUUUUGAAGGUGCAGUUGAGUAGAAAAGUGGGCUUGACUAAUAAACAAACUGGCUUAGCUUUUCCUUAGCUACAUCCCUGAUUGUAAAAUCCUGAUUUAAAAUAAGACUAAAGAAUUUGGCCUUAGAAUAUAAUACUUCCUUUCAGGUAAAAUAUUUGGUAUUCAUGCAAAUUAUAUAAUUGCUGAAGUGGAGUUUUUUGAAGGAGAAGAUCCAGAAGAACAAUUAGAUGGUGAAAACCAACAAGACAAAGAAGAGGUAUAAUCUGUUGUUUUUAAAUUGUAUUCUACCCAUUGCAAUUUAUUAUGGGCUUCACAUUUUAAUAAACAUUUUGUCGUCAAGGACAUUGAAGCCAUUCAAGUUUAAUUAUAAAAUAUAUUUUGUUCUUUACAGAAUGAAGCAAAGAUUGACAUAAUAAAAGAAGGAGAUUUUGAUGUGGAAGAAGAUGAUGUCCCUCAGCCAGAGUAUAAACCACCAGCACUAAUUCCCAAUGAAGACAACAGAACAGGUUGUAACAAGAAAACAUACUUUGUUUCCAAUGAGGGUUAGUAUUAUUUUUUGUUUUCAUGUUUCCUUGAAAUUUCUUUGUUUGAUCAGGAAUGAGUUGUAGUAAGAAGAUAAGGCAGGUGUGAAGGGUCUACAGCAGUGGUGGAAACCAAGAGGGUAACACAUGCACAGCAGUAAUUAAUUAUGAUAAUGAUAAAGAUAAUAAUAAUAAUAAUAAUAAUAAUAAUAAUAAUAAUAAUAACUCUUUAUUUUGCAAGGUUAGCACUUUACAGUAAAACAUUGAUGAACCUGUGGCCCUCACCUUAGAAAUUUUUUGAAUUAAGUACAGGUCAUUAGCAGGUACUACAGAGGAGGCUGCAGGGCUAAUCUCCAGGUUGUUAUUACGCAUGUGUUGCAUGUAUGUAAACUGCGUUUGCUUGGACUUCCACUAAGAAUGAAUGGAAUACACAUAACGCAAUUUGAUCAUGCAUGUUUGGACCUUCUAUCCCUUGAAUCUGAUCAUGCGUGUUUUGACCAUCUGCCGCGUAAAUCACAGCAUCGGAGAAAAAGCGUUUUGACCUUCGAUCGUUAUUGCCUGCACUCUGUAACCUUUGGUUAUUACUAGUUAAUUAUGAAAAAAUUUUGUAUACCUAAAGAAAUCAAAUGGAGUAGAAAAACAAGCCGGAAAAAAAAUAAAUAAUAAUGAUUAUAAUAAUAUUAGUAAAUAAAAUAAAUAAAAAAUAUAAACAAAAAUACAUAAAUGAACGAAAAUAAAAGUUAUGAAAAAGGAAAAUUAUGUAAGCCAGCACAACUUUCCUUAGGAGAAAGGGUUGCUGUUGAAAAGCCAAAAAAAAAGAUAAUGAAGUGUUUUUGAUAGAAGAUUAGAGCUGUGGAGUCAGAAAAGAGAGGGUUAGAGACCAAGAGAAAAUGGAAUGGGAAGUAGGAGUAAACAAAACAUAAGGGCAUAGGGAAUGAAAGAGAAAAGGAUUGGGAACCAAGCUAAGAGUAAGGAAGGUUGGAGAGUGAAGGAUGUCAAGGAAGGGACAAAGGAGUAGACACUUAAGGGCCCAGUUGUUCAAAGGCUGAUUAUAUUAGCACUAACUCGGGGUUAAAUUUUAAUCCGCUUUUCUUUAUCCUUUUUUCAAAAGCAUCUUUGCGGAUAUUUCUCUCAGUUCAUCUAAUUACCUAACUGUGGACAAAAAUAAUUAAACUGAAUUUUCUUUUUAAGGUUUCAUAUCUGAAUUCAAAUUCCACACUAACCCUGGGUUACUCUAACCUAGCUUAAUGAACAACCAGGCCCAGAAGUCUAAGAGUCAAGUGUGUAGUAGUUACGAGAGGUGAUAGGAAAUAGAAGAGAAAGAGAUGAAAAGAAGGAUGAAGAGAAAGAGGGUGGGAAAUUCACAAUGUCCAUACAAAGUAAGAUUUGCUUAAUUGUGCCUUAGGCCUUAACCUCUUUUUGCCAGUGAAAAUUGCCUUACCUGACUGGUAACUUCCCUUCAUACUCUGCAAAUAGCUCAUCAUAGAAUAGCAGAAUAGUUAAUGUUAUUUUAUUACAGUAGGCCCUAAUCUUUCCUCUUAAUUAGUGGUCUUGGUUUGAAUAUAGUACAGUCUGUAUGUAAACACUUGGGAUUGAUCACAAACUAUACUGGACAGAUAAAAUUAGUACAGUUGACUCUCUCUUUAUGGACACCUCUAUGAGAUGGACACCUCUGUAAAACCGACACCUAGAAAUGGUCCCUCCCUUUCUUUACCCCCUUUAUUUGACUCUCUAUAAGACAGACAUCUCUUUAACAUGGACACUCAGAGUGCCAGGUCCUAAAGGUGUCCAUCACCGAGACAGUUGACUGUAGUUUAAGUGUCAGGUUUGGAAUAUACUGUUGAGCUACGGUCCAGAAGUUAAAAAUAAUCUAAUGCCAGUUUUAUCUUCUGUUACAGCUGGAGGUUCAUGGGUCAGACUUCCCCCGGUUACACCUGCACAGAUCGUAAUAUCAAGACAAAUCAGAAAAUUUUUCACUGGGAAUCUGCAAGCACCUGUGAGUGUUGCUAAUCAUUGCAGUGUAGUUGAGCUUUCUCUAUUUGUACUGUAGUUUGUAAAAUGCUACAUGUUUCUUUUCCUCUUCAAAUAUUCUUCAGGUUGUCAGUUAUCCACCUUUUCCUGGAAAUGAAGCUAACUACUUGCGAGCACAGAUUGCCAGAAUAUCAGCCACUACACACAUCAGUCCACUUGGAUACUACGUGUUUGAAGAGGAAGAAGAAGAGGAUGAUGAAGGAGGAGGUACUGACAAUAUAUACUAUUCGGAAAUGUUGUUUGUUGUAAUCAGAGCUUUAGUCUACGCUUUUGCUGUAGCUUUAAUUCCUGACUAAGCCUGGUGAGCCAGGCGCUAACAUUUUCUUGAACCAAUGCAGAUUGAGAUAAGCAUGUGAAUGACAAAAGCAAGAACUCUGCUUCUAAGUUUUACCUAAAUUUAGCAUCACAGGGCUUGAAAACUUGAAUUCCAGUGCCCUUUCUGGAAGCAGCUCUCACAUUUCCGUUUCCCUUGGCCACUGCUUGCCCAUCUUAAUUAACCCUUUAAGUCCCAAAAGUGACCAACAUCAAUUUUCUCCUAACUGUAUCAAUAUCAAUACAUCAUCAAGAGAAAAGGUUAGGAGAAUUAACAAAAUGAUGAAGAAAGGAGAAAUGCUUUAAUCUUUUAGGUUCUCUCAACUAAUUCUAUAAGGCAGUGUGUGGUGGACACUAGUGUGGAGAAUUUGUAUUUGGAUAUUGUGGCUUAAAAAGGGUUAAUGAUUUUGCUGGACAUGCAAUGACUUGCCUGGACCCUGGCUUGCCCAUUGGGUAGCAAGUAAGCAUUAAAAGUUACUUGCCCAGCAAGAAAGUCUUAACUUGUCACAGAUUACCAGACAGCUAGGACCUUUUUAAAGCCCUGAGCAUGAUCCAAAACACACAGUUGCUAAAAUGGCAUUUUUUUCUCUCCUCCUUUGAUCAGCUCGUGAUUCAUUUGUGGUAAACACAGAGUUUGAAGGUCUGACUCUGAACGAGAUGACUGAUCCAUCAUGUGCAAACUGGGUCCAUCAUGUGCAGUAUGUCCUUCCACAGGUAUGCAAUAAAUUAUUGUCCUGUUAGUCUUCUGCUCAUGGCUACAUGAUGCAAGUGCUAUACUUCUCUCUAACAACCCACCUAUAAAUUAAAUUGGGUACCUACUAAAUGCGCAUGUCUUUGUUGUGGUACCAGUAACCCACUCUUUGGGGAGAUGCCACCAGUUGUCAUAUUUUUGUCAUCAUUAGUUUCUUUAGUGUGAGAAUCUUAAAGUCCAGGGAUGUAACUACCUAUGCACCAGUAUGCAUGUGCAUACCUGAAAAAAAAGUUUCCAAUAUAAAAAACAAAAGAAAUAGAAAAAUAAAGAAAAAAACUAAAUAAAAGAUAGAAAACGGUGUAGUGGGCGUGGCCCAUGCUUCUCCCUUAAAACAAAAUGCGAUGUUAGAGAUUUGACUCCCAUAUGGACAAAUUAAAGUGGAAAUUGAAUCUUCACCCAUAUGUGAAAACCAUUUUGGAAACAGGGUAGAACUAGUAUGCAUACCUCAGUCUGGAAAAUUUUACAUGCCACACAACUUUGACAAACAUAUACUGAGAUCACCCUUAUCAAACGUUGGGGGAAUGUUUACCUUUAUGGCCAUAAGAUCUGCUUACUAAGCUUCAGUUGAGAACACUGUUUUUGAGUGGAGGCCUAAUAUUGUAUUUCUGUUAGGGACGCUGCACAUGGUUCAACCCACUGCAGAAGAAAGAUGAAGAGGAGCUGGAGGAGGAAGAGGAAGAUGAAGAAAGAGAAGAACCUGAUGAACCCGAGCCAGAGCAGGGACCCCCACUGCUUACACCACUCUCAGAAGAUGCAGGUGAGAAGUUUUAAACUCCAUGUUUGAAAUAACAUUAUAAAAAUCACCCACUAUCUGGCAUAGCCAAUGCUUUACUAAAAUGAUAAAAGUCCAGUUUAUAGUGCAGUGUUUGCCACCAUAUAUACAUUCUGUAAGCCAAGGAACUUUCCUGAUCUUUCUUGUCAGCACAUUUUUGAUUGGUCAUGGCUUAGAUUAAUGUGUUGAUUCCAGGCCAUUUGUUUUAAACCUAAACUCAUAUUUGCUUGGUUGAAACCUGUGGAAACAAAAAAACAAAGUGCUUGUCUUUGUGCACAUUCCCUUUUGGACAGCUGGAAAUAUUAGGUUGAUAGCCCUUAAAUGUUUCUAACAAAACCUCUAACACAAUGAAUACUCAAAGCCUUUUAUCAUAUCUUAUCAGAGGUUGAUGGCAUGCCUCCCUGGACAGCACAGAAAUCCUCCACUUUAGUACCUCAGUAUUCCUUGUCUGUCAUGCACUCAAAUUUAUGGCCAGGGGCCCAUGCAUUUGCUGUUGAGAGGUUAGUGUUCACUGGUUUUACAACAUUAAAUUUAUUUUAUUGAAUUUUAUCUUUCACCAAAAUGUUGCCAGGGUAACCACAAUGGUUUACCAUCACUCUAGUCUCCCCCAUGAAAGACAGGGUUUGCCUAAAACCUGGAAUCUGGAAAGUUUAGUGAUUAGCGUUAGGAAACUGAGUGAAUCAAGUUUCAGAUCAGUUUGCCCAUUAUAAUGAUCAAAAUGGAGCCUGAUUCACUCACUUUCCUAACCAUCAUUACUGCUCUUCAGAGUCAUUAAGCAUUCUGUGUGGGCUUACCGGAUACCGGGUUUAAGGCAAACCCUGACAAUUCUUGAGAUUUCCCCUGGAAAUAAUUUGUCUUAGAGGUCUUCUUCUUCGUGGUCCGACGCCAUCAUGUUACAAACUCUAACUGAGAAAUGACAAACUUCAAAAGAACAACAAGAAUUUACUUUUUAUUUGCCCUGCUCCCUCCUCACAGGAGAGGGCUGCUUAAAAAAAAUUCCCCACCCCAGAACAGAAGGACUGGAUUUGUUCCAGGGGGCAGGUGGUAACAGGUAAAGUAAAAUUGAACCAUGCAUAAGCAGACCAUUGCUGAUAACACAAAGCUAACCAGCCAGCUCUACACCAUGUGCUCCAAAAGAGUUCACAUUGCUUGCUCCCUGUCUGUGUCAUUGCAACUUGACUUAAAUGCUCCACUCAACAAUUCCUUUUAAUGUGGUCUUAUUUUCCAGGAAAUUUGAAAACAUUUAUGUUGGCUGGGGCCAGAAAUUUAGUGCAGAGAAUUACAGCCCUCCUCCACCUCCCCCACCACAAGAAGAAUUCCCCAGUGGACCAGAGAUCACAGAAGCUGAAGACCCAUCAGUGGAGGAAGAGAAAGCUCUGAAGGCAGCACAGCAAGAAGCAUUAGAAGCAGCAGAGAUGGAGGAAGAAGAGGAUGAUGAUGAUGAGGAUGAUUAGUUUCUUCGCUUGAAUUUAUUUAUU